GAGAAGGCUUGUCACUGCUUCCAAGAUUUUAUUUCGACAAAACCACUCGACGUUGUCGUGAAUUCACUUAUCGUGGUCAAAAGGGAAACGCGAAUAAUUUCUUGUCGAAAGACGACUGUGAAUCUUUUUGUCACGUGGCCGCGAAUCCAUGCAAUUACGGUGAGCCGUUAUUGAAUGCCGAGAAAGAAGUGAUGAUCUGUGGUGGUGCAGAGACUUGUCCAAGUGGCUAUUAUUGUCAUGUCGGAAGCUCUCCAGAAACAACUAACUGUUGUCCAGGAUCUCGUCGACCAUGCGAUAUGCAGUUAGAGGUGGGAAAAGGUAGAGAGCAUCUUGAAAGAUGGUAUUUUGAUGGGGGUGUGCAGAUGUGCAAAAAAUUUGUAUAUCAAGGAAUGAAAGGGAAUGCGAAUAAUUUCAUAAGUCGAGAAGCGUGUCAAGAAGCAUGUAAAGGUGAACAUUUAUUUAUUCAUCCGCCAUCAUAA